UCCGCUUUCGGCAUCCUCAGCACCAACCCUCAAGUGCGUUCGUAAUAGAUUAAACCAUGCCAGGGUCUGCGCUUGGCAGGGUUUAAGCGCCAAUCACUGCAUAUCUAUCCGGUUUAGGCGAUGCUGUGUAUGGAACUGAUUAUCUUCUCUCCUCCUCCUACCCCAUAUUAAGCAUCAUUGUUAGUGGACCAGAAGAUCUCACCGGUUACAGGUACGGGCUCCGGAUAAGUAGAAUCACCGAGGAUCGUCGAGCCAAUCAUGCCUUGCCCUAAGCCCUACUCGUUCUAUCUUCACGUGACUGGCUAUCAGGGCCCAGCCAAUCAUGAUCGUUUUAUGCCGACUGCCAGUUUUGGUCGGCUGCUCUGUAUUGGGAAUCAUCCUACUUCGCCAUCAUCACCAUCUGAUUAGGCUGCCUCAUUCAUUUCAAAAUGGCUAUGAAUCAGAUUCCCGGUCAUAAUAUUUACAUUGGAGGGGUUCUAUCACUCAAGAACAAGGCUGCCUUGACCAGAGCAAAUAUCACUCAUCUGGUCUCCGUGCUACGCCUCCAGCAGGCAGAUGAAAUCCUCCAGGAUUAUCAACGUUAUAACAUUGAAGUGGAUGAUGUCGACGACGAAAAUCUCCUACAGCAUUUCCCCGCUGUCAUCAAGUUUAUCCGGGAUGGUUUAGAUGCAGGGGGAAGUGUCUUGGUUCAUUGUGCUAUGGGGAAAUCCCGGUCUGCUGCUGUCUGCAUAGCCUACUUACUCCACAGUCAGCCCAAAGCGCAAACGCCCGAGUCAGCGCUGGCGUUUCUGAGGGAGGCGCGUCCUCUUUGCGAACCAAAUGAAGGGUUCAUGGAACAGCUGAAGAUCUAUCAUCAGAUGGGCUGUCCUGAUGAUGAUGUCACCGGGCACCCACUGUAUAAUCGAUGGCUGUAUCGUCGUGAAGUCGAGGAGAGCGUUGCGUGUGGCCGUGCGCCGGAGAUGAACUCGGUACUGUUUGAAGAUGAGCAGCCCCAUAAGCCGCAAGACGCUGAUCGUUCGACUGAAAUCAAAUGUCGCAAGUGUCGAAGGCGCAUACUGGCAACGACCCCAUUCAUCAUCCCACAUGAACAACAAAACAACUCCAAACCAAGCACAGAAUGUGCCCACGUUUUCUUACACCCCUUGACAUGGAUGCGUCCCUGUCUCUUCCCAAACACAACGCCCUCCUCAGAUGCAGUGUACGGCUCACACCCCGAUGAUGCGCCAUUAUCCGGCCGCCUCACCUGCCCCAAUACCAUCUGCGGUCAGAACAUUGGCAAGUUUGCCUGGCAGGGCAUGCGGUGCAGCUGCGGCAGCUGGAUCGUUCCGGCUAUUGGGCUCGCCAAGGCUCGAGUUGACGUUGUGAAUCGCACUAACUUCGCCACGCGGUCACCGGCUGCUGCGUUGGGCAUCCGUUUGCCUCCUGGGAUGAGGCCGAAUGCGAAUGCGGUAGAUGAGACGGGAAGGGGGAAUCUCUAG